AUGGCUUCAUCUAAUGCUACUCCGCAAGGAGCCACCAUUUUCGAAUUGAACAAUGGCCAAAAGGUACCAGCCCUCGGCUUCGGUGCAAUGAAAAAAGGCGGCGGCACAUUCCCACCCGAAGAAAGAAACCACGUAAAAAACCUAAUAACCCAAGCCAUAAACGCCGGGUACCGCACAAUAGACACAUCAAGACUCUACGCCACAGAAGACCUAGUCGGUCAAGCCGUGCGCGAAACAUCCAUCCCACGCGAAGAAUUCACCAUAAUCACCAAGCUAGCUCCCUCAGACACUCACGAUGUGCGGGGCGCAUUCGAAAGAUCUCGCGCUUUGCUGGGCACGUAUAUCGAUAUAUAUAUCAUGCACUGGCCGCAGGGGUUUGAUAAGGAUGACCCAGCGCGGCCGCUGAAUCCUGAGGAGAGUCCGACUUAUAUUGAAGUUUACAAGAAGAUGCAGGAACUGGUUGGGCCGGAGUGUCGGGGUAUCGGGGUGGGGAAUUUUACGAUUCGGACUUUGGGCCCGCUUUUGAAUGAUCCAGGCGUUUAUGUUAGGCCGGUUGUUAAUGAGAUUGAGAUUCAGCCGAGGAAUCCUAAUUUGAAGCUUGUACCUUAUUGUUUGGAGAAUGGGAUUCGACCUGUUGCUUGGGGUCCCCUGGCCGGUGGAAUAUCAAGCCAAUACACAAAUACAACAACCAUCUACGACGAUCCCCUUUUCAAAGCACUAUCUUCGAAAUACGAUAUAUCGGCCGGAACUGUGAUUCUCUCCUGGCUUGUUCAGCGCGGAGUCAUCGUGGUUCCGCACUCGAGUUCUCCAACCCGUCUUGCGAAGAAUAGACAGCUUGCAAAACUGACGGAAGACGAAAUGCAAGAGUUGAAUUCUUUUCACGAGAAGGCUGGACGGCAGCGGGUUACGGAUGAGGCCUUUUUUGAUUUCGGUUGGAAGGAUACGCCUGGUAAGGGGAGGACUUUUAUGGGUUGGAGUGUGGUUGAUCUUGGGUGGGAGGAUGAGAAGGGUAAUUGGUUGACUUGA